UUACCGCACAAUGACUAAUGGUGACUCGUGAAAUUUGAAACGGAGAAAGCAAUUAGAUGGACAAGAGUAGGCCUAUUUGAAAUAAUCCCCAAAUUGCAGCGAAUCAUUAUUUCAGUAACUUAACUCCGGACCUUGACGUCCCAUCCACACACGGGACCGGACGCUGAAGUGUAUGUAAACAUGAAGUGUGGACGUGAAGACUGGUAUAGUGGCCUUGUGCUGCUUCUGAUUGUUCAAACUGUGGUCUCCGUGGUGAUUCCCAAUGCCACCCACUUGGAGGCUUUGCUGGAAAAAUACAUGGAUAAAGAUGAGGCGUGGUGGCAAUCCAAGCCAAGGGGCAAGAGAGCAAUUUCACAGAGCGAUAUCCAGCUCAUUCUUGACCUGCAUAAUAAGCUGAGGGGGCAAGUGUAUCCCCCUGCCUCAAACAUGGAAUACAUGGUUUGGGAUCCAGAACUGGAGAGGAGUGCUGAGCACUGGGCACUCACUUGUCUGUGGGAACAUGGACCCUCUCACCUACUUACGCAAAUUGGGCAGAACCUUGGAGCUCACUGGGGCAGAGACAGGCCUCCAACAUUUCAUGUCCAAGCCUGGUAUGAUGAGGUGAGAGAUUUCAGCUACCCUUAUCCACAGGAGUGUAACCCUUACUGCCCAUACAGAUGCUCUGGACCUGUCUGCACACAUUACACACAGCUUGUUUGGGCCACAAGCAAUAAGAUUGGCUGUGCCAUCAAUGUGUGCUACAACAUGAAUGUUUGGGGGAUGAUCUGGGCCAAAGCUGUGUACCUGGUCUGCAAUUACUCUCCUCCUGGUAACUGGUGGGGACAUGCACCAUACAAGCACGGAACCCCAUGCUCUGCCUGUCCCCCCAGCUAUGGGGGUGGAUGCAGAAACAAUCUCUGCUAUAAAGAUGAUGGCAGUCAUACACAAUAUAGCCCUGAGACAGAAGAAAGUAACUAUAUCGAACCAGAACCCGAGCCAGUCCAAAGCCAUGACCCUCACCACAGAGAUGAGUCUCCAACACCUUCUCCCAAUGAAAACGUUGAGACGAAUGAAGUCAUCAGCACUUCCCAAAUGUCUCAGCAAGUAGAAUGUAAAACUAUAUUACGUGAUCAUUGCAAAGGAACUACCUGUAACAGGUAUGAAUGCCCACCAGGUUGCUUGCACAACUAUGGAAAAGUAAUUGGAUCAGUUAAUUAUGACUUGCAAUCCAGUAUCUGUGGAUGUGGCUUACAUGCUGGAAUAAUAGAUGAUGAUGGAGGCUGGCUGGAUGUCACCAGGGUGGGCAGAAGGCAACGAUUCUCAAAGUCCUUCAAGAAUGGAGUUCAGACUCUAGCGAAAAAUCAAAGUGCCAAUGCCUUCACUGUAUCAAUUGUCCAAGUGAAAGCUGUUAACUGUGAAACCACAGUGUCACAAUUCUGUCCUUUUAAGAAACCAGUCAGACACUGUCCCAGGUUGUAUUGCCCACGUAACUGCUUGUAUGACAGCUCUGCAAGAGUAAUUGGAACCCACUAUUAUUCAGAUAAGUCCAGUAUAUGUAGGGCAGCUAUCCACGCAGGAGUGAUUCGGAGUGACUCGGGUGGUUAUCUGGACGUAAUGCCUGUGGACAAGAGGAGACAAUACAAGGGUUCCUACCAAAAUGGAAUUACCUCAGAUAGCCUACAGAAUCCCACAGGAGGCAAAGCAUUCAGAGUGUUUGCGGUCAUUUGAAACCAUUCUCCAAGGACGGAUGCAAAGAAAUAGAGCUCUUGAUCGUUGUUUGUGAUGUCCAGUGUUGUUCUCCACUCUGAAGUUCCAGUCCAGUUCUCUCGUUGUUCCUGUUUCAUGUUCUGUUGCUGUUUCCCGGAUUCUUCGUGUCCGUUCUACACUUCUCAUCACUCUUCUCACCACGAUCACCUGACCAUUGGAGACUCUGCGCCACUAGACCAUUACCCCGGACUUUUCCCAAUCUUCACAUUUUGCUGUUAAUAA